GCCCCCGGUGUAUAGUGAGAUACAUAGUGGCAAGGAAGUCCAAGGGGCAGCCAUCGCUCCAACCAGCCGGUCCGCUCGUUAAUCUCAUCUCGACCAAAAGCCCGGCCUUCGGAUAACUCGCCAUUACCUUCGUACACACAUAUCCACCAUUCCGAUGCGAUGAAUUUCUUCCGCUCCAGUCGCGCAAACUCGCAUUUCCCCAUUGACGAUGGCCGGCCUGCAAAGCGCAUCUCAACACCUGCUGGCCAGCGACUCUCUGUCAUCCUCGACAACAAGCUUACAAAGUCACCGGCCAACACAGCCAAGAUCAACGUCACCACCGAGAGCACAUUUUGCAACGACCCAUCACAUCAGCACGUAGGGCCCGUGCUGCAUGUUCAUAAGAAUGAGAGGAAGAAGGGAGGUGUCUUUUCCGCCUUAACUGGCGGCAGGUUAAACACGCCCAACGAGGACCGAGCCAACAAUGGGAGCAAUCUCAGUGUUAGUGUUUGGAGCGACAGGGAGGAUGAGAAGUUUGGUCACGUACGACAAAGACGGAGGGGCAUUUUUGCCUGGGGACGCAAGAGGCUUGCUUUGGUUGUUGCUGUCUUGAUAGUGCUGAUCGUGGCUUUGGCCGUUGGCUUAUCAGUGGGCUUGAAGAAGCAUUCUGGUAGCUCAUCGCAAGAUGCAGCAAACGGUUCUCAAGCGGCAGGCAGCCCAUCCGGCACCAACAAUCACAACCAAAACAAUGGCGCGGAUUCCCCCACCGGAACCGACAAACCUCCCGCCCCAUCUCCAGCAGCCCCACAGCCCUCUGUUCCUCCCAACUUCCCCGUCGGCGCUUACUCGCUUGUGGUCUUCCUCGAUACCGUCACGCCAGAGUGCACCGCUAACCAAAACACCUGGACCUGCGCCCCAAACACAGACUACUACGCGGAUCCCCAGAAAGCUCUUACCGUUCUCAACUGGGAAAUCGCCGGGUCUUCUGACUCAUACAAAAUCUCAUCCCAAGGGCAUGAUGAUACAUUUGAUACGACUUUCCAGAACGAGAACCUUGAGCUGUUGGAUGUAGGACAAGAGACGGAACGCUACCGGUUCCAGAUUUCUCGCUCCAAAUCUGUAAACAUGACCGGUACCCUUGGGGACAGCAAGGGCGAUUUCGAGUGUGAUUACAGCGCAACAAACAUACAGGCGUUCCUAUACACCAAGAUGCUCCGUACAUAUCCUGAUGACACAAUAGCUGUCCAAAACACCCCCAACGUCCAAUGGCCAUUUGCCGUACGCAUCGAGCAAGCUGUGGCUGGCGGUGAAGGUGUGCCAUCCUGCAAGGAUUCAUCAGGUGACAGUGUUGGCCUCAAGGCCCAGGAUGCGGGUACACUAUGCUCAUGUCUCUACAAGAACUGGACGCCACAAAAGUAGCCAAAAAGCAAUUGCAACUUCUUUGUUCAUUAUCAUCAUCUAGCGUUUCCUUUGUGUAAUGUAUAUACUAUUGACAUAGCAUAGCGUAGCAAGCACUUUCCUUCUACUAAGGGGCAAUGGCGGCGUUCGAAUGUCAGGUUCACCAGGUAUAGAACGCGUGUUUUUACUGU